GCGCCAAAACGAAAACAAUGAGGUUGUCUGUCAAAUCAUGUAUUCAUGUCUCAUGUUUGUGUUUUUAAAAAAGAAUAAUUAAUACUAAUUUCUGCUCAAUUUUAGCCUUAAAUAUUUUUUGGUUUUCAAGAAUUACAUUCAUUUUGUUUCAAAAUAUUUAAAUUAAGAGAGUUUUUAUUUGUCGGGCAAGUUCUAUUGUGCUUUAACAUUUUUCAUGCUGGAAUUGCUGACAUCGUUGAUUGCAGUAGCCUAAUUGAAUUUGAAAUAAAAUGGAAAUCGAAUCAGGAGAGAGUAUAGUAGUAGUUAAAAAGUCUCACUACGACAUAGAAGAGGAUUUGAAAAGUAUUCUACUAUUCGAUUCGCCCUUGAAAGCGAGUGACAUACAGAAACUUUGGACAAGUUAUCUGGAACUGACUGUGGAGCCAGUCGGAUGGAAGGCAUUGUGGAAGAUGUCAAGGGAUAUUUGUCAACAGUUUGAAGUCGAAUUUCCUGUCGUAGCUGUUGUUAUGGUUGACAGAGUGAAUUACGAUAUGCUAACUGCGAAUGUAACCGUAACCGGCUUGGAUGAGAAUGUCUCUGAUAGCAGUAUACCUGAUCAGAUUGAUGACAUACCGUUGAUUCAGUUGUAUCCCACUGUUGGCCAAGAAAACACUUCGCUUCAAGUUUCACACACGGCCGAUUCCUUGGAAAGCUUGAGGCUAUUCUAUAGACAUCUUUGGUAUCCGUGGGAUAUUGAAGACGAUAGUUGUACGUGGGUCCAAGACCAUCUUGAAAAUAGAUUGCAGCUGCAUUUCGACAUUAUAUCCAGGAAAAUCCCAAGAGAUAUGCUUUCGAAAAUAAACAACCUGAUUGAAACAGGAAAUGACAUUUUCAGAAGAGUUCAAGAGCAGUCAGAAAUUGCUGAAAACAACGAAAGUGAUCUUAUUCUGGCUCAGUUGAUCGUUGAGCUCAAUUGUAUCAAAGAAAACCUCAAUUUAUUGGAAAUGAAACAAAUGCGAGAUAAAAUUGAUUCACCUGAAAAAGUUGAUAAAAAGAGAAAAGUUUUUCUAGCAUGGCUAGAAGGAGUUUCUGAUGAUUUGUUAAAUGCUUUACAAAGGAUUAAAAGCCAGUUACCAGAGGAUACAACCAGUUUCAGCUGCUUACCAUCGUUAGAAAAAAUAUUGAAUGAGUGCUGGGUUGCGAAGAAUAUGGUAUACGUUGGGGAAGGACUCCAUUACCUGAGAAGAAGUUGUGAGCUCAGUACCGAGGGCCUCAUUGAAGGAGUGGGUGCCGCAUCGAAAACAUUAAUCGAACAUUCAGAAGGCGGCUGCCUGCUGUUCGAUGUGCUGAGCAGAGGCUCGAAUUUCAGCAACCUGACUCUGGUGGGCUCCAAGGUGAAGUUUGUGGUGGUGGUUCGCUUCGGUCGCUGCCAAAUGACCAACGUCGCUGUCAACGGAUCGCACAAAAACAUAGCAGUGCUCGUCGAGUCUGGCGCCGAGUUCUGCGCAACAAACUGUCAGUUCACUGACUGCUCGGUGGCCGUCGAAGCCAAAGACGGCUCCAAGGUUACACUCAAGGAUUGUUUGAUCAAAAACAACGCCAACGGUCUGGUGUAUCAGUCGAGUGUAGUGCACAUUGAGAACUGUCACUUUGUUGAAAACAUGCAAAGCGCAGUCGUUCAGCUACAAGUGAGUGGCAAUGAAUCGGGCUCUGUUGAGCUGGAAAAUUUACAGGGAGUAACUGCAAAAGGAGUAACUUUCACUGGCAAUAAGAUCAAUGUCUCGAAAAAGAUCAACAAUGAGUCUCUUUCGUCGGAUGAAUGUGGUGAGAUAUGAAUUUCCAAAGCAUUGUUCAAAUGGAACAUUUUUUGUUAGUCGUUUUAAUAAUCAUAGCUUUAUAAAUUAAAUAUUAUAUUCCAAACAAUUUUUAUUGCAUUAAAAUAUAGAGAAUAUUUAUGUAUUUCAAUAAAUAAAUAUAUUUUUCAAUUAAGA